CUCCCCCCCCCUAUUGCUCCCAAGUUCCCAAAGUCGUACUGACCCACGGCGGAAAUUUUCCACAACACUUUCAUUACGGACCCGCCGCAUUCUCGCUGCUUUCCCUCGGUCUCCACUUUCAAAUGAGCUCCGGCCCCAUCGCUUCUAACUGACAGCACGGCUCGCCAAUGGCUGAUUUCCUUUAGGAACCCGGCGACUCGGUAUCCUGUAAACCCGGGUCUUUGCAGCUUACGGGAGGCAGAGCCGAUACCAUGGAGAAGAGUCCCACGAAAACGCCGCUUUAAUCGGGGGACAAAACCCCUACGAUCUGAAGUUAAGAUGUCUGCCACCUCAACCCACACAUGUGGUCUGAUUUCCCUCGCCAUCCUCACCAUCCUCUGUGUUCACGUCAACUCUGAGCCAUGGAUCCCUGAAGCUGCAGACGUCCAGUACGGCUCCCUGGACUGCAACGUGACGCUGGCCUGCAGCUCCCCAUGGCCCAGGUCCUUGGCGGAGUGGCGACUGAACGGGAGCACACCGGUUCCAGAACAGACGGUCCUGGGGUCGGAUGGCGGCCUGACACUCGUUAACGCCAAACAGCACAUGGGGGGAAUCUACAGCUGCCACGACGAGAAGGGGAAUGUGGUCCACGCGGUGAAGCUGUACCUGGGCCGUGCCCCGGAGCCAUUGAAUGUGUCGUGCAGGAUGGCCAAUCACUUCGUCGUCCGUUGCUCCUGGAAGCCACUGGUGAACACGUACCUGCCCAGCAAGUUCAUCGCCACCUACAGGAAUGAUGACCUUGUGGCGACGUGCCACCAGGAGCCGUCCCAGCCCAAUGAGUGCACCAUCGGUAAUCCAUUCGCGUGGUGGCACACAGUCACCAUGAACAUCACCGAGGUCAACCCCCUAGGCUCCGCCUCCACCCGGAUACUGCUGCAGUUCCAUAAGCUGUUGAGACCUGACCCCCCCGAGGCAGUGACCACAGAGCCGGUGGCGGGACAGCCCCGAAAGCUGCGAGUUAGCUGGCGGUACCCGAGCUCGUGGCCGCAGAGCAGGGCCUUCCCGCUGCUCUUCCAACUGCGCUACCGGCCAGUGGGCUCCAACAUCUGGUCUGAGAGGAGCACGACUGACACUAACGUGACGAUCACGGAUGUGGUCUCUGGACACCCCCACCUCAUUCAGGUGCAGGCUGGAGAUGAAUUAAGCUUUGGCAGCUGGAGCGAGUGGAGUCCUGAGCUGCAGGCUCUGCCCUGGAUCGUAGAAGCUAGUCCACCCACGAAGGAGGAUCCGGCCUACAACCUCUUCACAGAGCCGAUAACAGUGGAGUCCACAGAGCCACCCCCGGAGGAUCACAGGAACGUGGGCGUGCUGGUGUGCCUGGGCCUGCUAGCGGGAGUCAUCCUUUUGAUGCUGUGCACGCUGAUCAUCCUCCUCUGGAUGAGACAGAAGAGGAGGGACUGCAUGAUGAAGAGGGAGUUGGCAUCGAUGAUGUCCAUGCAGCAUGUGAAGAUAUGAGGUGUCUGUGAUACCUGGCAGCCCACAGGAGCUGUUUUCAAGGAGAAGCAGUAAUGCCACUAAGAGGUUCAGCAGGACCACACAAAGGACUACAAAACCCAGACUCCACAAGGCCAUGGGAACUCAACUGAUGUGUCAGGACUAAGCAGACUGACAUGGGACAGAAGGCAUGGUGUGUUGGACGGAAGGCCUGGAACCAAAGCGAAGACAGCAUUGGCUGUCAACCGUGUACAGACUUUUGUUUCACCUGGAGAUGCCAGAUGCUGCUUCUGAGAUGUGAAUGAACCGUUCGCAUGGGCAUUUAAAGACUCGGAGAGAGGGCUGUGUUCUGAUGGGGUUGGCUUUUGCGCUGACAAAAUGCUGCCCUACAAGGUUGUGAAAGAGAGCUAAAGAAACCAUUAUAUUGAAUUAACCCAUACUCAUCCAUGUCCUCCAUUAGCACCCAACUCCAGUCACAAAUACCAAACACUCCCCUGCCAAACCUUUCCUGUAAUCCCACCUUCCUUAUACUGCUGCUUAGGCCAGGUCCUCUCCCUCCCUUGCUUCGCCUCCAUUGACACUUAUACUUACCACCUUCCUCUCCCAAACGCAGCACACACACACUGAAUAAGCCCCACACAAGUCUAUUGUUCCAAAGUUUAUAGUGCUGCUCUAACAAUACAUGCCAUAUCUCCCAUCCAGCACCAACUCGGUCCAGACUUAAAACUGACAGCAUCCUAUGGGGAGAUGCCUGGACCUGCUCCAGAAAGAGCCAGAGCAUCCACUCAGCACAUCACCAUGCAAGACAAACACGACAAGUCUUAAAAUGCACUUUAUUCCGAACAUUUAAAAGAAGCUCCAGAAUGAGGUUACGCUAGCAACACGUUCCCCGCGUGUUUACAUUGCAACAAAAUAAGCUAUCUCACUGAUCUGAGAAAAGGCAGACAGACACUGCGCACUCGUCAGCUCGGUUGAAAUGGUCAGAUAAACGAAUAAAAUGACACUGAUAGAACAGCAAACGGUGCGAUCAAAAUACCCCUUUUAUAACUGCGGCUGGCUGGGGGGGGAACAAGCCCCAUUCUUAAACACGGACAAGCAGAGAAACUACAGAAAACAGCAUAAACCCAUAAUCUCACAGACACUUGAUUGCAAAGCCCACACACACCACACAGUCCGGCUGACCCCCCUCCCCCCCCCAAACACAUGGGCCGCAUUAACCGGCAAACACAAUAAACCCUCCCCCCUUGGAAAAGCUCCAGCAAAAUCAUUACAGUACAUCUGCAUACACACCCAUCACUAUAAACAGAGGUGUGCCCCCCCCCAUAUAUAAUCUGGCGUCAUUUGUCCCCCAUAAUAAAUAGACCUUUGUAUUUAAA